UAGAAAAAACUGUAAUUAAUUGUGCAUGUGAAUUGCUAGGGCUGAAGCAUGGUGUUUGAAGGGGUGUUAGUGGACCUAUUGAACCGUUUCCUAGGCUCAUAUGUGAAAAAUCUGGAUGCUUCUCAGCUGAAAGUUGGAAUAUUUGGAGGUGAUGUGCUUUUGGAAAGACUUGACCUCAAGGAAAAUGCACUGGAUGAGCUCAACUUGCCUGUGAGGAUAUUUGGAGGACAUUUAGACAAACUUCGCUUGAAGAUCCCCUGGUCUAACUUGUACGGUGCUCCAGUAGUGGCUGAGGUGGAUGGCCUCUUUGUGGUAGCUGGGCCUGCCUCUGCUGCCAAGUACGAUGCAGAGAGAGAUGCUCGGGAGAAGAAGGACAACAAAGACAGACAGUUGAAGAAAAUCGAAGACGCUAGAAAAAAGACCUUGGAAACAAAAGACAAGAAGAACCAAGCCCCCGGCCUUGUGGAGAAGCUGGUGACACAGAUCAUCAGGAAUGUUCAAGUGACCGUCAGAAACAUUCAUGUAACGUUUGAGGAUGGGGUGACUGACCCCUCCCAUCCGUUCAGUGUGGGCGUUACGCUGGACAGUCUGGUUGUCCAGAGCACAGAUAGUAACUAUGUGAUUGGAGGUCAGGAUGUCGACCCUGUCUCGCAGCUUAUCUAUAAGCUUGUGCACAUGAGUUGUUUGUCCCUUUACUGGAACACAGAUGCUCGUCUUCUCUUGGACGGGAAGUUGCCUAGCAACUGGGCGGAAACACUUAAGAGUCGGAUUGCCAGGUCACAUGACACAUCAUCGGACAUGCAAUUCCUGCUGCGUCCCACCAGUGCCAAGGCCAAGUUGCAGCUGACCAUGAAGCCAGGGGUGGACGAGGCCAUCCCUCAGGCACUAGUCAACGUGGUGCUAGAGCACAUUGCCAUCUCUCUAGGAAAACAGCAGUAUCGUAACGUUAUGAGUCUGGUUGAGUCAUUUGAUAGAAUGUCUAUCAACCAAAAGUACCUCAAGUAUAAGCCCCUCGGGGGUGUGAGUGAUGACCUGAGGGCGUGGUGGAGGUACGCCAUUUCUGCCGUGUUGGAGGAGGACGUCAAGAGGAGGACUAGGAUGUGGUCAUGGAAACACAUCAAAGAGCACAGAUUAUCGGCAGCUGCCUCGUCUAGACUGGAGGAGGCCAAGACACAUGGAAGGGCGGGACUUGAACACUCUAUCGGACAAAAAAAGGUUGUUGAAGAACGCUCCCAAGACCGACCUCAAUACAGCUAACCUCAGCGUCAAGGCCAAAGUUCGAAGGUUGAAGGUCACAAUUCUCCUUAAUAAGAUCAAGGGAUUUGUAAACGAGAUUUUGACACAACUUAAAUUGGACCAGAAAACGAUUGACUUGGCAAAAGAGGCAGCUGCAAAGACAGCCACUAGAACCGCCGAGGCACUAAGAGAGCAGAGCUCUAGUCGUGUUGGUCUAGACAUCACCGUGUUUGCCCCUGUUCUAGUGUUACCCCUCAGUGCUCUCAGUCAGGCCGCCUUCAUUGCUGCCGCUUGAAGGUGAAGAACAACUUCCUCCACGCUGACAGCAUCUCUGAAGGGACCGAGGAUUUUGAUAAGGGCUCGUUUGUGAGUGCCUUCUAGGCUCUCUUGGACAAGAUGGAGGGCUCUAUACAACUAGGAAGAACGAUCACUUGGUGCUCCGUCUCCGUGGUGGAAUGCAAAUUUGUGUCAAGACUCUGACUGGCAAACUAUCACCCUUGAAGUCGAGGCCUCUGAUACGAUUGAUAAUGUGAAGACCAAGAUUCAGGCCAAAGAAGGAAUCCCACCAGAUCAACAACGUCUUAUCUUUGCUGGCAAGCAACUCGAAGAUGGCCGCACCUUGUCUGACUA